UUCCGGUUUCAGAAAAGAAAGACUUGUUGUGUCCAAUUUGCAUGUUAUGACGCGGGAAAUACAACAAUCAGACGGACAAUGAUAUUUAAAACAAUAAGUUACGUUCACAAAAGUCUUAAAGAUGCUAGAUAGCGAAUGUGGACGUCACCCGUGCAGAAAAUGGCCAGUUUAUAUCAAAUACAGACACCCAGUUUCAAAGCCGAUACAGUGUUUUGCUUUGUUAUAAUUUUCAUAUUCAUAUGGCCGUCGGUGUAUAUGCAUUGUUGGCACGAUUUUGUGCAGGAGGAUAUUGUCGAUUCUACAUAUCUUGAAUAUGAAAAUGACCAAGAUUUAUCAUUUCACCCGGGGAAUUAUGAUAUAGGUCGAAACAAAAGAGCAUCCAAGAAUCAAUACAAAUCAAUUAGGAUAAAACCCUAUUUUGAAAAGGGCCUUUUUGGAGAUGAAGUCGAUGCUUUGAAAGAUAUCAUAGACAGAGCAAUACAAAAAACAAGUCAAAUUCUAUCAGUCAAACCCGUGGUGGGACCUCUCCUGCUGUCAAGGACACCAUGCACCAAAACAUGGCCAUCAGGAAUCAACAAGGGAAAGUGUUCCCAACUCGAUGGCAUAAAACAAGACUAUUGCAUGGAUUAUUUCAAGAUACCAAAAUCCCAUUUGAGGGGUUACUCCGUCUACAGUGGAAAGAGCCAGUCUGUACCAUCCCACCACGAACCUGAUGGUGCCGGUAUAGAGAAGGCGGACUAUGUUCUGUAUGUCACUGCACAGAUCACCAGUGUCUGUACUGGCUCUGGAGACACUGUGUUAGCUUAUGCGUCCUACUGCCGAGUGGACCAGACGGACCGUCCUGUGGCUGGACAUGUCAACUUCUGCCCAUCAACACUCAGAAGAUUUGGCUUCAACAAAGAAAAGAUAUAUUGGAGUGCUCUGCAUGAAAUAUUCCAUGCCCUGGGUUUUUCAAAGAAGCUCUUCAAUAAAUACAGAAAAUGCAAUGAAAAUGGCCUGAACUGUACCGUCCAUCCCUCGCCAGUUCUCCGUCUUGAAGAUAACGUUAUGCGGCUGGUGACACCACAAGUUAAAAGAAUAGCUCAAGAACAUUUCCAUUGUCUGGAUAAGACAGAUUAUGGAGGGCCGAUGGAUAUCAGAAACACGUCCCACUGGGACUCUCGUACAAUGCAGGGAUCAAUAAUGGCUGCCAAGCAAGGCAUGCCUCACCUGACUUUCAUUGACUCGAUCACCCUUGCCCUGUUUGAGGACUCGGGGUGGUAUAAGGUGGACUACAGUCAGGCUGAUGUGUAUCUGUGGGGGCGAGGGGCUGGGUGUAGCUUUGGACUCCCUUCCCAUUGUAAAUAUGAAGUGGAAUAUUUCUGUCAGCAACGGGCCCCUGGGUGUCACUUCCUGCACUGGGACAAAGCAAAAUGUAGCACCAACCCACAUCUCACCCCCUGCCGAGUGUUCGAGUCCGAGCCAGGGGAUGAGUGUUGGAAGGUGCCCUCAACAGAUCCGUCCAACAUCACGCUGGAGGUGUUCUCUAAGGACAGCCGAUGUUUUCUCUCAAAUAUCUCAAAGUCUGAGGGAGCCCCACCAGUCCUCACACCCAGAUGUUUCCACGCCCACUGUUACGACAGGAACCUCAUGGUCAGGGUCGAUAACUCCAGCUGGAUGCGUUGUCCACCGGGGACACUGCUGCAGAUUCCUGGUUAUGUGGGCUCGGUGAAAUGCCCAAGUCAUGCAGCACGCAUCUGUUCCAGUGUACCUCGACCUCUCACCAGCACACAAGCAACGACCACAACACAGAUUGCUCACACAGUGCCCUACAUCACUCACAGGGCCAGCACCACUGCGGAAAACUCCGGCCAGUCUUCCUCUGGUACACUCUGCUCAAGCGCCACUGUUGCCGCCAUCAUCCUCGUCUCCCUGCAGCUCCUCCACACACUUCCCAGAUAGGCUGCUGCCGCCACCACCACCGCCGCCAUCAUGGCUGGGCUUCCAUCGGCAACUGGCUGACAGUGUCUUAGAUACAUGUUUUGUAUAGAUAGUUGAGUUAUCCAACUAGAAUUGACUGGUUAGUGAAUAUUUUCCCAUCUGUUUCUAACAACAGAUUCAAGUUUUAGGUUGUAAAUUUCAGCAGAAGGUAACUUGAAGUGUGGAUACAGUCAUUUGCUAUAGGACAAUAAUAUGCUUGUUUGUAUUGUCUAAUAUUUAUUUCAAAUUGCAUUGAAUGUCUGUAUUUGUAAUUGAAUAGAUACAAAAUAAUUGUAAGACUUUUUUGUUAAUUGAACAAGGUGAACAAAACAUAGGGCAUUAUAUUGGCUGACUACGAGGGUCCCUUUUAAUUGAUGUUAUGAUACAUUUUAUGUAGUCCAUCUCAGCAAACUGCUCAGCUAAAUGAACCUAUGUUCACACAAAAGCUUGCCAGUUCAUGUCAGUUCAUGUGGUUCCAGGCUUAAAAAAAUAGCAUACUGUUUUUUGUUUUGAAUUUAUAUUUAAUAGGGAACUUGAGUCACCUUGUGGCUCAAUACCCCACCUGGGUACAAGUGUAAAGCCUAGUCCUUUUAUCUUUUGGUGUGAUAUGGCUUGAAAUGUGAAGAAAGCAGUGUAAAAACAUAUUCAAUCACUCUUAAUUUUGUGGCAGUGAAAAUAUUCUUCCACAAUUCAUGGCCUGGAAAACUUGAAACAUCUUCAGCUAUUGCAGUCAAUGUUGUGACAUUCUAUGACUCUACAGUGUGAAUGUUUAUCAUGCUCAUGUGAUUCAAGUUUAUUCAAUACAUCACAAUUGGGAUUUGGUUAAGACAUGUACCAAUAGGGUCAUAAAGCUAAAACGUGUGACCAAGAUUUGUGCCAUAAGCGUCUCAAGUCCAGUGACGACUAUUGAGACAGCCAACUGAUCUAGUUGCCUAAACAACAAUGUCCAUAUUGCACAACUGUGUUAACUUGUCUGUUACUUAGACGGGUGCUGAGAACGUGUUUUUGCACCACAAAAUAUUUCUCUCUUUUUACAAAGCUUCUGCUGAUUCUUAUAUUUGCCUCUUAAAAUUGCUUCAGAUAUUUCCCACUGUGAUUCUUGAGAUAACUUUCUCUAUCCCUGGGACCAAGGGACCCAAUGUUGUUGAUUGAGUAAACGUCAAUUAUCAAUUUCUUCUUCAAAACCAAUGGUAAAAUGGUAACUGUUUUUCCUGAUGCUGUUAUUAUUUCAACAUGAAAUGCUUGAUAUUAAUUGAUUGUAUACAAAAUUAGGAUUGGCACAUAGAGCUACUGGACCAGCCCUUAUAUACUACUCAAAAGUUAAAGAUCACCCAUGACAUGACAGAUCAACUAUAGUCAUAUGAGAAAAUUGGGUGUUCUUGAACUUUUUUUGAGUAGUAUAUGUUAUUACAAUCUGAUCCCGCUGGGAUUCCAGGUUGAAAUAGGUCCCCAGUAACAUUGUCAUAUGUGGUGACUGAAUGGAUGGGGUGGUCAACUUAGCUUGAUUGUAUGCCAUCAUACCCUGCCUACCUGGGACAAAGCUAAUGGUAUCUGUCGCUGGUGGUUUGGUCCAGACUUCAUUAUUUACGGGCCACCGUCAUACAGCUGGAAUAUUGUGGCAUAAAACAACAACCACACGAACACAUCUUGCAAUCAGCGAUAAUGAAUAACAGUACAUAGGCCAUGUAGAUAAUAAGUGAAAGUGCACAAUGCUUGAUCUCUUAUUGAAGCACAUUUACCAGAACAACUGCCACUACAAAGUACGAAUGAGCUAGUUUUCAAGACUACAUCAGGAUCAAUGUUUGCAACGA